UUGUUUAUACAUUUGCUAGCUGUGCUCAUCGGUUAACCCUCACCAUGCCAUAUCAGAGGCAGCAGCACGAGAGGGUGGGGGAGCUGGUGGUAUGUGGGGAUCCUAUUUAUAAACUGGCUUCCCACAAGCAUUGGCUCAGCAGCACGGGGGUGGGAGGCAGACUGAACCUGUUGUGUACAGGAAUUACAUGUUUUCAAAAAUCCAUGCAUUUUAACAUCCCUACUGCAUGCACUGCUGCCGGUGUCCAAAGUCCUCCAGUUUCCUUGUCUUUUCAAACUGUUAUCUAUGCUUUUGUUAAAGGUGGUGUUUUUUAUUUUCUAGGGCCUCUGAAAUGUGGAGUUGACCCCAGUUCACUUUGUCCCCCUUCCUGUCCAGCCCAGUAUAUCAAGCUGUGUCAUGGCCGCCAGAUUGGUGCAGCGAUGUUGUCGUCCACUCUUUGGUGCCUCUACCUCGCUUCCUCUGGCAUCCCCAGCUUCUCUGCUAGCCCCAGCAUCCAGGACAGUCCAAGCAAGAGCUCUGCCUCAGGCGGCUCUUGCUUCAUUACACACUUCAAACCUCUCUAGGCAAACAGACAAACUCUUGUUCAAGGAGAAAGUGUACAGCAAACAUACAGAGCACAGUGAAAUUGAUGAACUCAUUGAAUCAGCUUCUAGCCCUGAAGAGCUCCUCCACGUGGGUGAACAGCACUCUCUCAGUGGGCACCAGGCGGCCACAUUGAUCAUCCAACUCUCCCGACUCGUGAUGGAGAAAAAACUAGAAACAGAGAGCAUCGUGCAGGACAGUCGCUUCCAGCAAGUGCUCAACGUUCUCAAUAGCCAGAUUUCCCACGUCUGGAAUGGCUCCUUUUUGCCCCUUUUGAAGAGCCUCUCCUUCCUGGGGCUGGAGCAGAAUCGGAGGGAGCUGAGAUCGGUGAAGCAGGAGGUGCGCUGGCGUUUGAGACGCCUGAACCUCAGGCAUAUUGUUUCCCUGGCCGAGUACAUAGCAGCCAGGCCACAGGCGAAGGAUAAGAGUGAGCUGCUGAGUGACUUGGUGAAACACUUGGAGCUGCGCUGGACAGAGAUUGAGGACACGAGAACGGUGGUGGCACUGAUGGCGAAGGUCGGACACCUCUCACAGACCCUGAUGGACCGGCUGGAGGACAAGGCUUUGGAAUUGGCCGAGCAUUUCAGCAUUGAGGACAUUCGGAAAGUGGCGUUGGCUUUAGCAGUCCAGAACCGGCGUUCUGUUCCCCUGCUCCGGGCCAUUUCUUACCAUCUGGUUCAGAAGCACUUUGCCCUCAGCACUAGCGUUCUGGUGGACUUGGCCUUUGCAUAUGGAAAGCUGAAUUUCCACCAGACCCAGGUCUUCCAGAAGAUGGCAUCAGACCUGCAGCCCCACGUGCCGCAGAUGACUCAUGGGGACGUGGGGCGGUGCGUCAAGUCCUUCGCUUACCUCAAGUGGCUCAACCUGCCCCUCUUCGAGGCCUUCGCUCAGUACGCUUUGGACAACGCCGACCGAUUCACGGUGGCGCAGCUGUGUAACAUCGUCCUGUCUUUCGCCCGCCUGAACUUCCAGCCCAGCCAAGGCGAGACUUUCUAUAGCACGGUCCAUGAGAAACUUGCGAACCGGCUGGACAGCCUGGACCCGCACGGGCUGAUGGACCUGGUGUGGUCGCUGUGCGUGCUGCAGCAGGCGAAGGCUCCCUACCUGCAAAGCGUGCUGGCCCCACAGCUCUACGACCCGCUUCUAGACGACCAGUCGCCCAGAGGGCAGAACUACCGGCUCAAACUCCUGCAUGUUAAUGCUGCUGCCAGGCUGGAGUGCCCAGGCUACCCGGGGCCCUUCCUCCCGCCUGAGGCCCUGCACGCCACCGAGCCGCCAGGCGACAGGAAGGCCACGCCGCUCCAGAGCAGCCUGCAGGAGGCGCUGAAAGGGGUGGCCGGAGACGAGGGUAACCGGCGCGUCAACGUGCAGACCAUUUAUGGCUGGCAGCUGGAUGCUGAGAUGGUGCUGAACAGCGAGGGCCAGCCUCUCCCCAUAAAGGACUUCACUGCCCCCCACCUGCUCCAGUGCGAAGGGACCAAGCCCCUGCCACAGGGCACCAGGAGGAUAGCUUUCCUGAGGUGGGAGUUCCCAAACUUCAGCAGCAGAAGCAAGGACCUGCUGGGCCGCUUCGCCAUGGCCCGACGACACGUGCAGGCCGCCGGGUUCUUGGUCGUGGACGUUCCCUACUAUGAGUUUCUGGAGCUGAAGUCGGAGUGGCAGAAGGCGGCCUACCUCCGGGACAGAAUGAACAAGGCCGUGGGGGAAGACAUGGUGAAGUAGAGCCCGGCCCUGUGGCUCGGUGAGCAUCCGGCAGGACACUGACGGCUCGCUUCCCUCCACGGGAGCGCACGUGCUGCUGCUGGCCCUUGGGCUGCCGGGGGUGGGGGAGGCAUUGUGUAUAUAAAUGUGUAUUGGAAUAAAUUCCCUCUUGUACAGGC